AUGUCGAGAAGAAAGGCGAAUGCCAAUAAGCAACAUGUUUUCAACUUCGAUGAUCACACAGGCCGACCAGCCAAGAUAAGCUGUAGUGCUCACCUAAGAGAUAUCCUACCAUCUCUUUCAAGUUUAUGCUUAUAUUUUAUUUAUCUAGAUUUUCCUUAA